AUGCCUGGACAUCCGAAGCUCACACUCUCACGACGCCAUGACCCCCUCUCUCGACCAAGAGCGAAGCCGUCGUUUACCUGCGACGUGUCUACGGACGAAAUCCAAAACGAGACGCCAAUCACGAUCCAUGACGGCACCGUCUGUCGAGGAUGCUUCGACACCGGCAUCAAACCGCAGUUCGAACAGGCAGCAUCCAGCGAAUUCCACCAUCCAGUCAGAUGGGGCGCAAAGACUAUCGAGAUCGAUAGGACCAUACGUCGCUUCUUUACCAAGGCCUUCCUCGAGCUGUGGAGUAGAAAGACCAAAGAGUAUGCCACACCACUGAGCGAGCGCCUCUACUGUGUCGGCGCCGAGAGCACGAGUACACCAGACAGUUGCGGUGUCUUUCUCGGCAUCAAGGAGAAGCACCGUAUCACCAAGACCUGUCCGAGCUGCAAUGCACACACAUGCCCCGAAUGCGAGGUCAGCUUCACCUCGAGUCCGCAGCAGCACAUCUGCUUGCCGGCGCCAGAAGAACCCACGGACCCUUUCGAAGGCCUGGAACGUGGCCGUGCAUACCAGAAGUGCCCAUCUUGCGGCGUAGCUGUCGAGCUGCAAGACGGAUGCAACCAUAUCGCCUGCGUGGGCAACUGCAAUACGCACUUCUGCUUUCUAUGUGGAGAGCCUGCGACACGCGAGGAUGGACAUUGGCAAUCUGGCAAGCCGUGUCCUCUCUACAAUCGAGCUGGCGAUGCCAAUGCACAAUACGAUCAUGGCGCCCAGGCGAUGGCUGAUCUUCAGGCCCUCACUCGUUCUAUAGUCGAUGAGGUCAAUGCCGAGCUGGCUGGGGUCGAGUCGCAAGACAUCGACCCGGCUGAACUCAAGCUUCGACGCCGUGACAGAGAGUUCCUCUUCGCGCUCUCGCAGAACAUCAAGGGUCGAAAGAGUUUGGCGCAACAUGAGGGUCAGGAGCCUCUUGCAGGAGACGACAAGGUGCUCGCCUUGCUUCCGUCGAUGUCGGUCCUCGUUAGCUACUAUACACUUGCACUUGAGCAGGAUGAGCCUUUGCGAGAACGUCGACAGAGCUUUCUCAAUGCCACUCUCCCGCUUCUUGAACAGAGCCUUCAGGAUCUUGGCGCAGAGGCAUACGAUCGAUAUCCUGGAUUGCAGAUGAUCAUUACUAGUAUCAUGAAGGCUAUGAAUGGGGAGGGUUUCGCCACCCAUGCGGCGGAGAGAUUGGCGAAUGAGUAUUUUUGA